AGGAUGAGUAUUUCCUGGUGACGUGGUUGUAAACAAAACCUUGUGCUAAGGGCCCCGGGCGAGUGUGGCUUCAAACUUGCCUGACUUAAAGUUUUUUGUUUAGAGACCAGAGUGUCCAGGGUCCCCAGCAUGUUUUGGACCACCUCGGCCACCGGGAGCACUGUUACCCACGCCGUGCGCAUCGUGGCGUCCCUGGAUACCGUCGACGAGCUGUGCCUGUCGCUCCUCCAUUGAUCAGGAGAUACUGACACUGGGGAAACGGUGGGAUAAACGGGCGCUUUAGCCGGUCUGUUCCCACUACAUGCCCGCAUAACGGCGACGAUGAUGGUGGUGCUGAUGAAGCGGAAUGGAGUCGAGCAGGGUGGACUAAUUCUGCACCAUGAAUGACAGGUACCACAAGGCGGCCCGGGACGGCUACCUGGACCUGCUGAAGGAGGCAACUCGGAAGGAUCUCAACGCACCGGAUGAAGAUGGCAUGACACCGACGUUAUGGGCUGCUUAUCACGGAAACUUGGAGGCUCUGCGGCUCAUUGUGUCGAGGGGAGGAAAUCCUGAUAAGUGUGACAUAUGGGGGAACACGCCGCUCCACCUGGCAGCUGCCAAUGGUCACCUCAACUGCCUUUUCUUCCUGGUGUCUUUCGGUGCCAACAUAUGGUGUCUGGACAACGACUACCACACGCCGUUGGACAUGGCUGCCACAAAAAAUCACAUGAAUUGCGUCCGCUACCUGGAUUCCAUCGCAACCAAGCAGACAGGCCUCAAUCCCAAGCUGGUCACCAAGCUGAAGGACCGAGCAUUUCGUGAUGCCGAGCGACGAAUCAAAGAUUGUGUGAAAAUGCAGAAGAAACACCACAAACGCAUGGAGCGAAAGUUUCAUAAGGAGGCCUCUGAGGCUUCUGCUUCUGAUGUCAUGAGUUUUUCCAGUUACACCAGCAGCUCUCUUAGCCACAAGCUGCGCAACUUCAAUGCAGCCACUGUCAGUGUGCCAUAUUCUCAGGCUACUCUCCACGCCACAAACCGAGGGAAGACAAAGAUCCAGAAGAAGCUAGAGAAGAGGAAACAAGGAGAUGGGACCUUUAAAAUCUAUGAAGAUGGUAGGAAGAGUGUGCGCUCCCUCUCUGGACUUCAGCUGGGUAACGAUGUCAUGUUUGUCAAACAGGGAACGUAUGUGAACCCGAAGGACCGUGGCCGCCGUAACGUUCGUGACAUGUUUCCCAGAGACAAUGAUGAUGCCAUUUCACGUGCCAUGAGCGAGCCUGACCUCCAUGGGCCCGAUGUGGACUAUUCUGAGAUCAGCACAGACUCAGGGCAUGAUUCCCUGUUCAACCGGCCCGGUCUGGGCACCAUGGUCUUUAGGAGGAACUACGUUAGCGGGGGGAUGUUUGACCUGGGUGGUCGGGAUGAAGCCAGUGUGGACCAUUCGGGCAAUAAUGUGCGUUUACGCAGUCGCCUGCAGCAAUACCCGAGUCUAGAUGAAGACAGCAUUGGCAGUGCACAUAGCCUGCAGGAGAGGAACGUGGAGGACCUGCCCUGGGAAGAGGUUGAAUUAGGGCUGGAUGAUGAUGAUGAGCCUGAAACCAGCUCUCUGGAAGUCUUCCUAGCUACACAGAGCAUGAGCGAGUUUUAUUCCAUCUUCAAGAGGGAGAAGAUUGACCUUGAAGCACUGCUGCUGUGCUCUGACCACGACCUUAAGAGUAUCCACAUCCCCUUAGGACCUAGGAAAAAGAUCUUAGAUGCCUGUCAAAGACGGCUGGAGACCAUCGAGGACCCCGACUCCAUUGAGGACACAGAGCUAUAAAAAACAAACAAACAAACAUCCAGAAAGGAUACUCUCUACAUGAAUGUCAAGAAGAGUAAGAAGAGACAAGCGAUAGAUUAAUUCUUAACAUGAUUCUUUUACAGUCUUCUACAGUUAUGUUAGCCUCAGGAGGGUCACUGAAAAUAUCCAUGUUGGUUGGUAGCUGGAGUUCCCUGCACUGCAUGGUUUAACAAACUGAAAGACAAUUAUCAGUGUGUAGUGCAGUGCAGUGUCAUUGUGUGCCGCAUGGCAUAGUUAACAAUGAGAUGAUUGUGGGGUCUGUGUCCCCUGAGUGUGUUUGCCCCUGUGGGGUAAAUCCUACCACCUCAUGUGCCUGCACUGCUUGUGCCUGUGCAUUUGCUUAAAAGUGUCUUUUGUCAUAAAAACCUUUGACAUUAACUUCACUGUAACUUUAUUAUUAACUGUUGCAAUAACAACGUUUGUCACUCAGAGCCACUCAGCUGGUUCCUUGCUGAUACAUUUCACCUCUGUGCACGUUUACAUACAUCAAGCCAUGUGAGUCCAAGGAUGGCUCACUGACAACACAGGCCAACUGUUCAUUGAGAUUACUGUUCUGAUUUACUGUAGUAUUGUAAACUAUGUGAAAACACAGCUUCUGUUUUUUGCAUGUGUGGUCCAUACACUAGGAGAAUUACAAACCCUUGUAAAUCACUCAUGAGAGUCUUGAAUAUAUAACAGUCUUCCAACAGUUUUUUUUUUAAUAAUAUGAAACUGCUCCAGGGCAUAUGACAGUGUUUAGUACUUUUCAACUUUUUCAUGUUUCAGGUCAGUUUUAAAUAAAAAAUACUAAUAUUUUUAAUGCUAUAAAUGAUUGAACUGAUGAAUCCAUAUACUUUGCUCUCCUUACUGCACUCCACUCGCUAUAGUUCAUCAGCAGAGAACUUCAAAUUGAAAAUAUGCAGAGUAUACUGUAAGAUGUGCGUUUAUGAAGCAAGGUCAUAGCUACUAUUAGGGGCUGUGUUGUUGUGCACUCUGUCACAUAUUUUUGAGAGUUUAAUUACACAAAGAUAAGUUUACAUACUACAGUUAUACACAUAUUACACAUAAUGGAUUUUAUAGGGCUGGCUCUUUUUUAUAUAUUUUUUUUCAAUA